AUUAGAACCAGCCAAAUCAGUCAUAGCGUUAGCACUGCCUCUUAUAUCAGACUUGUAGAUGGUCUUCUCAGAGUAUUCGACCCAGCGCUGUGCGCAAGAGCUAUCGAUAUCGGCGACCCGCCCUGGAGUGAAAAGCUAGAUCACAGCCAUGUCCAAACCGUCGGCUCAACAAGCUGCCGACAGUAAGCAGGAAACCGAUCGUAUACAGCAUGAGGAACUCGAGGCGAUGCGAGCCAUCUUCGGCGAUGACUGGAAGGACAUUUCUCCCUCCAAGACUGCAUGGGGUACCUCUGUCGAGAGCGGCUGGUGGACCGUUCGACUGCGGGCACACGAUGGCCGCGUUGCUAUAUCACUAAAGGGGAAGCUACUCAAAAACUACCCAAUGCAUCCCCCUAGUCUGUCUUUGAUCGACCCCGUCAUGCUGAGCGGCGACCAGGUGCAACAGCUAACAAAACAUGUCAACGAUCAUGCGAAGCGGAAUCUGGGCAGGGAGAUGAUAUUUGACAUCACAACUCUGGUCACAGAAUAUCUAGAGGACAACCACCUACCCCUACCCAAUGCUUCGCCAAAAGGUCCAAAUCUCAUGGAAGAAAAAGCAAAGCGUGACGCGCAGAAACGUCAACGUCAACUGGAAAUGCAACAGCAAGAAGAUGAGACGGCGAGAAAGAUAGCUGCGGAGGAGAAUGCGAGAUUGGCUGCACAGAUCCGCGAAGAACAUGAACGACGGGCUGCUCUGAUACGUGAAGCCCACGAAGCCGAGCGGAUACAACGCCAGCGAGAAGAAGAAAGCACUUCACGUGGUGGACGAAAAGGAAGGGCCGCACUGGGCAGACUGGAGAUCAAAGACGGACAGCGAGAGGUCCGAUUCGACGCGGGUGAUCCAGUCGUUUUGCCAGGGUUUCCCGGGACAUGGCCAGUAUGGCGAGCGUAUGGUCCUCCAUCAAGGCAAGAUCCGUUGUACACAACGUAUGACGUGGAAGGUCAUCAAGAUAUUUCAUCAGAAGGAACGUCAAGCGAAGGCCAGCAACUCAAAGGGUCAAUCAUGAACCGUCGAACAUCGCCCGGGGACGAAUCACCUGUGUGCUCGUUGAUUGUGAUCGAGUUCGCCCAAGCAUACUACGACACUCCACCGGGAAGAAAGAAAGUUGAGGGUCUGCUCGCAGAGAUCCAAAAGGUGGCAUCUGUUCGCCAUCACAACCUCAUACCAAUAUUUGCGAGCAAGAGAGAUCGAACAUCACACAAUGCAGAAAGAAUAUAUGUUCUCACGCAAAGAUACUCAGCACAAGGGUCAUUAUCUGCAUGGCUGAAGGCCAGCGAGACUUUGGUCGAAGGCGUGGCUGUGAGCUAUCUCAGGCAAAUCUUGAAUGGACUCCGCGCGUUACACGACCAGGACAUCUGUCACAAACAAUUAACCCUGGACAACAUCAUCAUUUCCAUUUCCAACUCGGAACGGCCUGCAUUGAGCUUGUCGGGCGCUUCUUUCAUCAAAGCCUUGAGGGACAUGAACAAGUCGAACCCUUUCGUCAAUACAACCUCAGAAGACGCCAUCCCCGAGAUAUGGUUGGCUCCGGAGGAACUGGAUACGCCUCACGCUUACAGUCCCGAGCGGGACAUCUGGUACGCGGGUCUUGCCCUGUUGCAGAUGCUUUUCGGUGUGACCGUGCUGUUAGAGCAUCCAAGUCUGGCAAGUAUCAUCGAUAAUGCGGACUAUGCUCCUCAUGGAGUAGUAUUGGAUGUAUUGCACAGUAUGCUCGACCCGCGACCCAAGAAACGGAUUCGAGCCGAAGAAGCUAGUCACAAGCUGUUUGACUCUGCCAGUGACAACCUAGGAGCGGUGGCUAUUCGGUCCACUUCUCUCGCUUCCCCCGCGUCCCACAGCUUUUUUCGGUCACCAGUCAACUCUAGGGGAUUCUCGCAUUAUUAUGAUUCGACUGCAUCGCAAGCGCCGGUGGCGUCUCGUUAUCGCAACGAUUUCGAAGAGGUGGAGUGGCUUGGAGAGGGUGGCUUCGGACAGGUCGUCAAAGCUCGACAUCGUAUUGAGAAACAAUUUUAUGCUAUAAAAAAGAUCAAGCUUCGCCCACAGGACGACGAGCAAAAGGUUUUCAGAGAAGCAGAGUCUCUCUCUCGAGUCAACCAUCGCUUCAUUGUUAGAUAUAUACAAUGCUGGCUGGAGACUUCCUCGAAGCCAGCUAGCGACCGAGGAGAAGAUGGCACGGAUUUCUCAAAUACUGGCUCUCAACUCACGCCGGUGAGAAUGGAAGACGAAGAUGACGAUAUAUUUGGCCCACCAGAUUUCGACGACAUCACCUCGACCACCGUAUCACGUAGUUUUCCUCGCAUUCGUUUCGCCAAUGCUUCAGACGAUGAAGACGAUUCGUCCGACGAAGACGAGCAGGACACCGAGGAUGAUUUUGUCAUCGGCCAGCAAGCGUUUGGGAAUCGGCAUAAAUCGAAAUCGCCAAAGGCAAGAUCUCGUCAUCUAAAUCAGCAGCGUACCCUAUACAUCCAGAUGGAGUACGUCGAGAAGCAAACGCUCAAAGAAGCUAUCGCUCAAGGCCUCACCACCAACGAAUGUUGGCGGCUGUUCCGCCAAAUUCUCGAAGCGCUGGCUUAUUUGGCAAAAUUGCAUAUCGUCCACCGAGACCUUAAGCCCUCGAACAUUCUGCUCGAUUCGGAAGGAAACGUCAAAUUGUGUGAUUUUGGCUUGAGCACUACAGACAAUUUGGCUCCAGUACCAGAUGGGCUUAUCAACCUGUCUGCGAGUUUGACGGAUAUGACUUCCGGUGUAGGUACACAUCUGUACGUUUCACCUGACGUCCUGCAGAAGCGAGUGUACGGAACGAAGGCGGAUGUCUAUUCUCUAGGCAUCAUCUUCUUUGAGAUGUGCUACCCAAUGUCCUCCGGUAUGGAGAGGGUUACAGUAAUCAGUAACCUCAGACUUCCUCGACCGAGGUACCCCGCCGACUGGGAUGUCGGAAAAAAAUCCGCUCAAACUCAGAUCGUCGAGUGGCUCUUGAAACACGAUCCUGAAGAGAGACCAGAAGCGGAAGACCUUCUGCGCAGUUCUCUCCUGCCGGAAGGACGAGAAGAGGGAUACUAUGCUGAGGCCAUCCGAAAAGUCGCGCAUGCGUCUUCCAGUCAUUAUCCGGCACUUAUCGCCAAGCUGUUCAACCCGGAACGCCUGCCCACGGAUAGUGGCAUUCAAGUCCUUGACUAUACCUAUGAUUCGAUGGAAGCACAUCUAGAUCAAAGUCAAGCUUGGACGCGCGUUGUAAAAGAUCGCCUCGCUCAGCUUUUCGACAGACAUGGAGCUAUCGAGCUCGUUACUCCGCUACUCGCGCCUGCGUUGACGCCGGUUGACGUCGAUCAACACUCGGUCGUGCGACUUCUAGACAGUCAAGGCAAUCUGGUACAACUCCCUUCUGAUGGAAUGAUCGCGUUUGCGAGAUUUUGCACAUUACGGGGCAUCGAGAGGAUCAAGCGAUACCAAUUCGGCUGGCGGUAUUCAGAGAGCCCAGCGGGCGGACAACCGCGGGCGGUUUCGGAAAGCAACCUCGAUCUGAUCUCUCCUUCCCGGACUAUGGUGUCUGAAGCGGAGGCUAUUGAGGUCGUAGACAAGUUGAUCCAGGAGUUUCAAGCCUUGACCGUAUUACAAUACGAAAUACACAUAACGCAUGAGACGAUUCUUUCCGUCAUACAACAAAGCAUGUCCACGACGGAAGCGAAAGCACUUGCCAAUAGGAUCAUCAACGACUUUGCAACCGGCGCCAGUUCCUCCGGCAUCAGCCAGAAGCUCGCAUCCAGUCACCUAAGCAGGCAACAGAGCGAGAUACUCAAGCAGAUUCUCGUUAUUGAUGAUCUACCAGCACUUCGGCAACGGCUAUUGCCCCUGUUCCCAACCAUGACCCGUCAACUAGAAGUUGCGUUCACCGAGAUCAGCGAAACUAUCGGGUUCGCUCGAGCGUUGGGUGUGACACGCCCUAUCUAUGUCCGGCCUGCGAUGUCACGGCGAGCAGGAGCUCACAAGGGUGGCAUCAUGUUCGAAUGUGUAAGGCGGGAAAAGCGCAAGGACAUUAUCGCCCUUGGGGGCAGGUACGACGAUCUACUGCAACGUUUCAGUCUGCCGGUCGCGAGGCGCGAAGGCGCAAAAACACAUGGUGUUGGGGUAUCGAUAUUGAUUGACCGUGUCGCCUACCACGUUGGCCGCUUCGAAAGCGGCGUGUCAAAGCGGAUGAUGGCUAAAGAACGAGAAACGGAACGAUCUUUCGGAUUCUGGUCCCCAUCAAGAUGUGACGUAUACGUCGCAAGCUUUGGGCCGCAUCAGCUCAACUUGCGACUCGAUGUCUGCGGUGAACUCUGGAGAGCCGGUAUAUCAGCCGAUCUUCAAUACGAUGACGAUAGAACACUGGAAGACGUCGUUCUCGAUUGCCAGGCGCAGAACAUACUAUACGUACUCAUACCUCGACCGAACCGGCCAUACAUCAAGAUUCGGAGUAUUCUGAGACGCUCCGAAGAUGAAGUAUCUCGUGGAGAAGUAUGCACGUGGCUAAGGGCAGCCGUAGCAGAACAGCGCCGCAUAGACCUAAGCUCUGCCCACAGCGAGGCUGUCGUUGUCGAGAAGCCUCAUUCGACCGUGAUCACGUCCGAAACCUCCUUGGAGGGCGACAUUCGUAUUCUGCUUCGUGCGGAUGACGAGAAGAAGACCAAGCGGAACGCAAAGCUGAUGUUUACCGAGAAGAUCAAGGAGUUCAUGUCGAAUACAGGCACUCGACUUCCUGUCUUUGGUAUCGACUUGCCGUCUCGAACGCUGGCACAGCUGUGUUUACAACCCAGCGAUUGGCUUUCCGAUGACGAAGCUUGGAAACAUGUCCAGAUCGUCCUAGCAACCGACCGCUCGUACGCUGUUUCCAUUCGAAGCGCUCUGGCUACCGAAUUGGUCUCGUCAAGUCCAUCCUUUGCAUUCCUCUACUCGCUGCGUGAAGGCAAGGCCUUUCUCCUAUCAACAACCAAAUAGAUGUGUUCUGUGAGCGUGAUGCUACGCUUCCUCUAUGUGUUUCGUGCGUUG